AUGUCGUAUCAACGGAUAUUACGACUGGAGUCUUUACCGGGCGAGGUACUCGAUGAGAUAUGCGACUCUCUCAACAAGAAGGAGUUGAAAGCACUCCGUCUGUCUUCAAAGAGGAUAUCUUCUAUCGCGACCGCCCACCUGGCAAAGGCUUACAUGUUCAACCUUUGCUCCUUGAUGACUCGACGCAGUCUAAACAAGCUGGCCGAAAUAUGCGCGCAUCCUCAGUUCGGGCCCCAUGUCCGUAAGGUACAUCUGUCCUCUGGCCGCGUUCACCCCCGAGAGAUGCGAGCACUUAUCGAAAGAGUUGAAGAUAUGCAGCGAAGGAUACCGCCUCCAACUUCAGCUCAAGUCAAGCGGGCGAAAGCAAAAAUGCAAGAUGCCAUGAACAGAUCUACCAAAGAAUACGAGCUGGAAGCUUCGGGCGAUGCGGUUGCUCUACUUUCCCGCGCCUUUGCCGCACUGCGCUCUUAUAGAACACCGAUCAUCCUGGACAUCUCAGACUUUGAAGUGUCGCAAUGGGAUCCGGUCACUUUGUUUCUUGACAAGUACAACCACUUUCAUGGCGAACCAGAAUUGUGUUUCAAGUCGACUAUGGAGCCUUGCCUUCAAGCAAUCUUCGACACCAAGAUGCAUUUUGACGAGAUCGAAUUGACUGUCGACACACUCCCGAUAGACCCCGACGAGAGAGGCUACAACACAGCUGAGAUGCGCUCGGAAGACCUUGCAUUGUUUUCCAGCCUGAAAUCUGUGUCUCUCGACUUGAACAACACCUUUGACGAUGCCGGAACUCAAUCUACUGGGCACAUACUGUCGUAUGCCCGCUCGCUCGAGCAUCUGGUCUACAGGCAGGGGUGUAAUGAUUUAAACCGCGAUAGCUGGCUCACACCGGAACAACAGCCAGCACUUUUGAAUGACCGCCAGUUUGAACGCGCUGACAUUGUCCUGGGAUCUGUUAAAUCCAGUGGUCUGAAGUCGCUCUGUCUAGAGUACACCCCGAUAUCAUACCUGGUCCUCAUCCAAACCCUGGUAAAGCAUGCCGAUACCUUGACUGAUCUACGAAUCGCCAACGCAUGCCUACGUGGUGGUACCUGGGCUGAGGUUUUCCUAUUAGUCAAGAAGACUUGUCGAUUUGUAACACAGCUUGAAGUUGAAGACCUCAGCCAGGCCAGACCGGACUUGAAAGAUCACGAGUAUCGUCCACUCGUGUUGCCUGAGGAAUGGACGUUCUUGACAAGUCGUGGACGAGCAGGAGUGGGCGAAGCUCUGGAGGAACUUAUUUCGGCUCCAUCCCUAGAGACCUUGGAUAUAAUGGACAGAAGAAUGCGAGUACAGACCAUUGAAGUCGAUCCUAACUUUAACACUGUACAUUUGUCGGAUGAUGAGAUGGACUUCGUUGUUUAG